AUGCGAGGGGCGAAGAAGCGGCAGGCGCUGCCCGCCAUCGUGCUCCUGCUGCUGGCCUCGGCCCCGCCGCCGCCGGGCGCCGAGGGCAGGGACGUGCCCGCCGCCGGAGCCGAGCGGGGGGCGCUCCUCGACGUCCUCCUGCAAGCCCUGGGCGACGACGGCCGCCCGCUGCCGCCCCGCCCGCCGCGGAGGGAGCGGGUGAUCUCCCGGCGCUACAGCGGCGGCGGUGCCCCUCCGACAGACCCCCGCGCCGCCGCCGCCGCCGCCCCGCCGCCCCCGCGGCUCUUCGCCGCCGCCCGGCACGGAGAAAUUUUUCCAAGAGAUUCCAGUCUAAAAGACAAGUUCAUAAAACAUUUUACAGGGCCAGUCACAUUUUCCUCAGAGUGUAGCAAGCACUUUCAUCGACUGUAUCACAACACAAGGGACUGCUCAACACCAACCUAUUACAAAAGGUGUGCAAGAUUGCUAACAAGAUUAGCAAUGAGCCCUUUGUGUACACAGUCCUAGGAUGUUUGCUAUACUUUCUACCAAGGAGAGAAUUCUGAUUUGCCAAGAAAGUGCCUUGAAAUCUUCAAAAAUGGAGAAGACAUCUUUUAUCUUUUUGAUUUACAAUGUUUUGUUACUAGAUGCAUUUUAUUUUCAUAUAUUUGUCCGACAUUCCAUAUUUGUGUGAAACGUUAUUUUAUUUUGUAAAUUUGUUGCCUAUAGCUCAGACAAGCCAAUUAUUUAAAUACAUUGUAUAUGAAGAAUACUAAUGAUGUACUGAUUAAAUGUUAUAACCGUAUGCAGGGAGUUGGUAAAAUUUUGCUGUUUCUCUUGUUCCGUUGUAUUGACAUCGUUCUGCUCAGGCUCUUACUCUCAUUAUUUGCACUAACUUGAAAUGCAGAAGUCUGUGUAACUGAAAUCUGAAUAAGCUGUAAGUGGGGAAGUUUUACUUGCCAUGGAAGAUAUUUUAUAUUAUGAAGCUUUGUUAAUAUAUACAUAUAUAUUAUUGUGCAUCAGAAAAAAAUUUGCUCAGAAAUGCACCUUGCUUUCAGGAACAUUUGUAUGACUAUUCUGGAUUUUCAUCAGUUACAUUUGUACCGGCACUUAUGGAAAGAGUUGCAAAUAAUGUAAAUAUAAAGACUGGAAAACUGCAAUGCAGUUUUGGUGGAAUAAAGAACAUAAAAAUAAACUA